AUGGACAAUGUUGUAACGGGAACAGACACCAUUGAAGCUGCGAAAGAUUUGUAUACUAUGUCCAAAGGAAUUUUCGAAGAUGCAAGCAUGAACCUUCGUGAGUGGGCAUCUAAUAAUAGAGAACUGGAAGAAACUUUUUCAGAUGAAGACAGAGCUAAAGAAAAUGUGAUGAAAGUGUUAGGUCUCGAAUGGAACAGAGAAACAGAUACAUUGGCGAUACAAAAAGGUCAAAGAAAUAAAGGAACACAAGAAUAUCAUCUUCCUUAUGUGAAGUCUACUGACAAUCCUGCUGAUAUAGCCAGUCGAGGUUGUUCAACAGAAGAUCUUGUGAAAAGUUAUUCAUGGUGGCAUGGUCCCGAGUGGCUUUUGCAUGACAUUUCCAAAUGGCCAGUAUUAGACCAGUUGUCUAAUACUGAAGAUGAUGAGACUAACAAACCAAAGACCAUCGAAAACGAUGAGAAAGAAAACAACAUCAGUGAAAAUUUGAGUUUUUCAGCGUUUGGAGCAAUUAACGACUAUUUUCCAACAUCUGUCCCAUUUGGGAUAAAUCCAAUGAAAUAUUCUUCAGUGACGAAAUUGUUACGUGUCACAGCAUAUGUGAGAAGAUUCAUAGGUAAAAUGAAAAAAGAAAAAUACAGUUCACAAAGUCUCACUUCAAAAGAAAUUCAAGAAGCUGAAGAUAUGUGGAUUAAACACGUGCAACAUACGAAUUUUUCUGAAGUGUAUGAAGCCCUCAUCGGAAAGAAAAAAUGCAAUCUGCAAUUGCAACUUGGUGUGUUCAUCGAUAAGAAUGGUCUUUUAAGAUGUAAAGGCCGUUUAGAGAAUGCCAGUUUAACGGAGUCUGCAAGAAAUCCGUUACUACUACCACGCGAUGACUCUUUCACAGUGUUAAUCGUAGAAAGAGAACACAAACGUUUGUUUCAUUCAGGUGUCUCUCAAACUCUAAGUCAACUUAGACAUCGUUAUUGGAUCCCUAGUGGAAGGGCUACAGUGCGGAAAGUUCUUCGUCAGUGUUUAGUGUGUCGUCGAGUUGAAGGAGGGGCGUACAAAAUGCCUCCUAUGGCUCCUUUACCUCGUUCAAGAGUUACCGAAUCCACACCAUUCAGUCAUAUUGGAUUGGACUAUCUUGGACCAUUAUAUAUAAAGGACAAUCAAACCAUGGAAAAAGUAUGGGUGUGUCUAUACACGUGUAUGGUGACACGUGCAGUUCACCUUGAAAUGGUAAAAAAUAUGUCAACAGAGGCAUUCUUAAACAGUUUUCGGAGAUUCAUAGCUUGCAGAGGAAAACCACGCGAAGUCAUCAGUGAUAAUGCUUUACAUUUCAAAUUGGCUAAACAUACAAUUGAGUUUGUAUGGAGCUCAGUUUUGAAAAGUGAGGAUGUGCAGAACUAUUGUUCAAGUGAGGGUAUUAGUUGGAGGUUUAUUGUGGAAAUCGCACCCUGGAUGGGUGGUUUCUAUGAGAGACUAGUUGGAAUAACAAAACGAUCUCUACGCAAAUCUAUCGGAAGAAAGCUUCUAAGCAGCGAUCAACUUAUUACUGUGAUAAAAGAAGUUGAAGCAAUUGUAAACUGUCGUCCAUUAGUGUAUGUUGGCGAAGAUAUAAAUUCUAAUAUCACACUGACACCUUCUCACUUCACGUGUUUGAACCCAAAUAUUGGGAUUCCCGAGUGUGAAAUAUCUUCUGAGGACCCGGAUUUUAAAGUAAUAGAGAGCUCAGCUGAUAAGUUGUUAGCAAUAUGGAAAAGCGGACAAAAACUUUUGGAUACCUUCUGGAAAAUUUGGAAAGAAGAAUAUUUGUGUAGUCUAAGGGAAAGAACACAAACAAAUCUGAAGCAGGGAAAGCCCAAAGUAACGUUCAAUCCAAGAGUAGGUGAUGUAGUACUAAUCAAAGAUAACACAACUAGAGGUAGUUGGAGACUAGGAAAAGUCAUCAAACUAUCAGUAAGCUCUGAUGGAUUUGUUCGUUCGGCAGAAGUAAAAACUGCAUCAAAAAAGUUGCUUAAAAGACCUUUAAGUUUAUUAUACCCGAUUGAAACUUCAAAACUCCUUAUCCCAGACACUAAGUCUAUAAAACCAAUAGAAAAAGAAGAAACUAGUAUACGCACUGAGAGAAAAGCCGCAAAACACGCGAAACAACGUUUGAAAAACUGCUUCAAUGAUAAACUGUCAAUAGAUGUUUAA